UGAAGGAAAAGAAUGGUCGGAAAAUGUUCAGUGUAGCAUCAGGGGAGUUAUGAAUAUGUUUUAAAAAAUCCAGACGAUAGAUGUUUGCUUUAACCAUUAGUGUUCGGUGUCUUGAAAGAAGUUGUGGCAGGUACGUGUGUGUGAGUUCAUGCACCUACGUUGUUGGCCAACUAAAUUUGGAACGGUAUUUACAAAAUGCAAGUACGAAAAUAAACAAACCGUGAUUCAAUUAAUAAUAAAAAAACCGAAUUAAACCAACGUGAAUUGCUUGGUCGGAAUUUAAUUGUUUUGAGUGAUUGGCAAGGCAAUUUAGUGAUAGUAAAUAGCAUAUAUUUGACAUUUUUAUGUUAUGGUAAUAUAUAGAUAUUAGAGUGAUAUGCAAGGUAAAAAUAUAUGCUAUUAAAUUUGUAAUACACGACAUCUCUUCUCCGUUGAAUUAGGUUUGGCCCUCGCUAUAUAAGACACAUUUCUCCCAUUCAUAUAAUUUAUUUCAUACAGUCAAAAGCUUACAAUCUCAUCUCAUUUUAUAACAAUGGCUGCGAUAACCGACGUGUGUGAUUUGAAACCAUUCAAGUCAAUGUAGAAGAUUAGGGUGAAGAUCCUACGUUUGUGGAAACAGUAUUCUGCUGCUGGUGGUCUGACGAUCGAAAUGGUUCUAAUUGAUUCCAAUGUUGUUAAGAUUAAAGCGUCCGUAAAAAAAGAUCUGGUGAAUCAGUUUGAUGCAUUUCUGUCACAAGGCAGUUCCAAGAUUCUCAUCAACUUUUCACUCAACCCCUCCUGGGGUUCAUACCGAACAACCAUACAUCCAUACAAGAUUGGAUUCCUCUCGACAACACGUGUGAGGUGUUGUGAUGCUUUGCCCGAUGAGCUAACAGGUUUUGAACCAGUCAACUACAGGGACAUUCUUGAUGGUUCACUCAAUACUGACUAUUUGGUUGAUGUAAUAGGUCAGAUUGUCGAGGUGACUCCAAUUGAAGUUGUAUUAGCUAAUGGAAAAGACACAAAGAAAAUCACAGUGGAACUUCUUAAGAAAAAGGAUGAACGUCUCCCGCUGGUGAUAUGAGGUAACUUUGCUACGGAUGUCAAUGAGGCUAUUGAAAGAGGUGGUGAUAAUGCAAUCGUUUGUGUGUUGCGGUUUGGAAAAAUUAAAGUUUGGAAAGAUAUUUGUGCUUUAUUUUAAUAUUGGACUUUAUGUAUACCUCGAUUGAUUAAAGUUUGUUAUGAUUUAAUCUACACCUUUACACCUUUAUAGAACCACAGAGCACAAAUACACCAUCAAGUUCAAUGAAUCGACAUUGUUUAGGAAGAUACAACCAGUGAAUGGUUCCAACUUUCUCUGCUGUUCAAACUUUCGUGGUAUAAAGAGAGGUCGUUAUCAUCCUAUGUACUGCAUUGGUAUGUUAACUAUCCUUUACUCUUUCUUAGAUUGUUAAUUAAUGGUACUAAAAUCGGAUAACAAUUUCUCUUAUGUAGAUCUAUGCGGAGCAUUGGUGCGUGUAGGAGAUCUUAUAGCUACUAAGCUAGCUCAACCUGCCAACAUUUACAACUCUAUUCUAUAUUCGUUGGAGUUCUCCUUAAUAAAUCUCGGGUUUGAACUUUUCAUUUGAUACAUCUGUUAAUUUUAAAUACGACCAUGUGUGUAGAAGUUAUAUUGACUGAUAUCUUUCCCGAUAUUAUCAGGUACACUCAUAUACAGUGUGUUACUUAUGGAGCUCUAGCCCAUCGUUUAAAUGCAUUCUGGCGUUCUAAUACUGCAGAUGUUGUAGUAUGUGUUUUAAGGUUAUGGCGAAUUGAGUGGGGAGCAGGUAUAGUAUAUUUAUUUGCAAUCUUUAAUUUUCCAUUCAGAAUUUUUGGUUUGUGUACUUAUUGUCGAUAUUACAUUACAAGUGGCUUCAAUUAUAUUACAAACAUGGAAGAUGGUUCUGAUAUUUUGUUUGAUUCUGACAUCCCUUAGAUUCAGUUCUUCAAAUCCCAGUAAGCAUAGUAUUCUAAGUUUGUUAUUUUAUAUGAGUAGUAUAUAUAAGAAAAACCAUUGGUUAUUCCUAAUAUAUUGAAAUUCUUUUAUCGCAGGAUUCAAAGCAUCGAUUUCUGAAGUCUUCAAGUUAUUCGAUCUUAUUUUUCGUUUGAAUUUGUUUUUUACAAUACCUAUUUAUAUUUAGACCAUUCUUUGUAUUUGAAAGAAUGAGAUAUGCAUACUUAUUAUAAUGGAAUUGAGGUUUUUUAUUUUAAAUAGAUUUCUUUAUCUUACUGAAUACUAUGUAGUUCUUAUAUAAUUACUACAGACAAUCACUAUUUCCAAUCGUAUUCAAGACUUUUAUAAUUGGAUACUAUUAAAUCGUAAUCAAAAAGUGAAACG